AUGGACGAGCGACGGGAUGCCGUGGUCACGAGCCGCCGCGACUUUCGUCUCCAGCCACUUCUCGACACCGCGCGCGUGCUCAUGCUGCUGGGCGUGGCCACCAUCUUCUCUGCAGGCUUCGACAACCCCGCCGCCAGUGCGACGCAGGCCUUCGUUGGCCUCCUCCUCUGGCUGCUCGGCGUGUCUCUCCUCGUCCUCGUGCCAGUGGCAGCAGGACGGUUCCUGCAAGCCGCAUUGGCCAUCGCCGUCCUAAAGCACCUCCUUGCUCCGUGCAAGUGCAACUAG